CUCGUAAUGCGGUUCAGCUGUUCGAUGCGACGUCGCAACGGCAUUUGAUGAGGGUGGUUGAUCCGUUCGAGUCCCACGAGUUCGUGUGCUGCUGUCCUGCGGGUGGCAGCGCCCGCAGCAGCGCAGUUGGAGGAGGAACAGGGGGUGCCCUUCAAGACGAACCGAAUGUACUGCUUGUGGGCUCCGUACAUGGCAGCUACUGCGCUGAGUGUUUCCGCUCCGGCCUGCCCUCCCUCUGCCACCACAAGCCCCGCUCCUCCACCGCCGCCCUCUCCAUGCUGGACCUGCGCUGCCCCCGCGGCGGCCUCACGCAGCGCUUCGGACUCACGCACCGCAGCCUCUACC